AUGGCCAUGCUCAACAAAUACGUGGAGUACGAAUUUAAAGGGCAGAAGAUACAACAACACCCGCCCCUAGCCUCCAACAACAGCCUGCAGCAAGCAACCCACACUGGCCUCAACAACGGCUGCGUAACAACACCCUGGCUUCAACAACAGAUACAACAACACCCUGGCCUCAACAACAGAUACAACAACGCCUGGCAUCAGCAGCAGAUACAACAACAACACCCUGGCAUCAGCAGCAGAUACAACAAACACCCUGGCAUCAGCAACGGAUACAACAACACCUGGCAUCAGCAACGGAUGCAACAACCGCCUGGCAUCAGCAACGGAUGCAAAUGCAACAACCCCCUGGCAUCAGCAGCCGUUAAACAACACCUGGCAUCAGCAACAGAUACAACAACACCUGGCAUCAGCAGCAGAUACAACAACGCCCUGAAAUUUCAGCAGCACAUACAACAACAACACCUGGCCUCUUUCAGCAGAUACAACAACGCACCCUGGCAUCAGCAACGGAUACAACAACACCCUGGCAUCAGCGCUUGGAUGCAACAACACCCUGGCAUCUGGGCGUCGGGGGAGGUGUACACAGCGUUGGACCUACAGACGGGGGAGCUGGUGGCGGUGAAGCAGAUGUCGCUGGACAAACAACCCCGCCCGGAGCUGAUCAUCAACGAGAUCAUGGUGAUGAAACGAAGUAGUCAUUACAACAUCGUUAACUACAUCAACUCUUACCUCAUCCAUAACGAACUUUGGGUCAUAAUGGAGUACCUGCAGGGCGGUUCUCUCACUGACGUGGUCACCGAAACCUGCCUAGAAGAGGGACACGUCGCGGCUUUGUGUAGGGAGGUGCUCCAGGCGCUGGAGUUCUUGCACGAGAGGAAUAUCAUCCACCGAGACAUCAAGUCGGACAAUAUUUUAUUGGGGAUGAACGGCGAAGUCAAAUUAACGGACUUUGGGUUCUGUGCACAGUUGUCUCCGGAGAAGAGCAAGAGGACGACCAUGGUGGGGACGCCUUACUGGAUGGCCCCUGAGGUGGUCAAUCGGCGGCAGUACGGUCCCAAGGUAGACGUGUGGUCCCUCGGCAUCAUGGCACUUGAGAUGCUAAAUGGAGAGCCGCCGUACAUGAAUGAGGAUCCGGUAAGAGCGAUUUACCUUAUAGCGGCCAACGGGAAGCCUGAGAUCAAGGGCCAGGACAAACUCUCUCCGGAAUUUAAGGACUUCCUCGACAAAUGUCUAGAGGUGCAGGUCGACCUACGACCCUCCGCUAAUGAGCUCCUCCAGCAUCCGUUCCUGCAGCGAGCUAUGCCUUUGGUCACGUUACGGGCCCUGAUAGAAGCCGCCAGGAUCGUCCUCCAACGCGCUCUUGACAUGAGUCUUCCUUAAAUAGCAACUGUGGUGAAGUCAUAAGCAGAAAAGACAGAGAUGUCUGAGAGGUUGAGAUCUGCUUGUGAUGGUGAGACAUACAGACAACAGAACCAGCUAAUAAUAACAUUGUUCCUCAUAUAAGGUCAUAAUUGUGUUGAAACCUGUCAGACCUUAGAGAAUUAUAAAUUGCAUAACGUGAUUAAUAAAAAAUCUAACUUUAUUGUGUUUUGUGUGUGUGUGGUGGGAGGGGGGGGUAUAUAUUCACAGAAUUAGCCAACAAAAUAAUGUUGUCAAAACUGAGUUUGUGUGGUUCAGUUAUUUUAUUUCAUUCAUAAUACAUAUUUGUAUUGUACAAUUAACUUUUCAGUUUUAAUUAAAAUUUCGCUUAGUUUA